AUGGAGGCGCCGAACGUGCCAGCGCAGGGAAUGAGGUGCUUGGGUUUGUGGCUGGAACACCCCAACCACACGAACGACAAGCUCGUGGAGGCAUGGGAUCUCGCCAAGGAGAAGGCAAAUCCAGUCGUCCUCGGCAAACCCGACGUGGACGGCGCCGUGGGCCGCGACCCCGUCGGGUCCGCAUCGUUUUUCGACUUGCCGAUCAAGCACUGGAACUACAGGCCGAGGGCGUACAUCAAGACCGCUGCCGACGUGAUCACUGAGGCGCCUGGGAUGGAGGCAAUGGCGUGGGAUGACGUGAAGCAGAUAAUGGAUGAGGGCAGGUAUAAGGACUUGCCGCCUCCUCUUGGCUACGCGAGCACGGAGGACGAGCUGCCUUGCACUAUGAACAUGUUGGUUUGCAAGAACCCUUCCGACCCGCAAUCGCACAUCAUCUUGAAGCACUUCACGUCCCUCGGCAAUGGGCACACCAUGAGCGAGAUCCAGAGCAAACUCAUCCAAGGCGACGCUUGCGCGAUUGAUUUCAGGCCAGACAGGUUCAACAGCAUGCGCACCUUCCAGAUCUUGCUCGAGUGGAUGGGCGGCAUUCUGUUUCGUUAUUGGAGGUGCGAGCGCCCGAGCGCGGUGCGUGGGCCUGUCGGCGAGGGCGACGUGGCGCAGAAGCAGAAGGAGCUCGCCGACGCGAUGCAGCACACCAAGGAUGAAGCGCCACGCACGAACUGGGAUGGCGAGCAGCUGUUGUGGGUGGAGCAAGAGUACUGCGACCCAGCAUCCCCCCUGGCCAACGUGAGGAAGGAGUUCGUCAACAAGGCGCUCCAGAUACUCAAGGACAGAGACCACUUCGCGGCGAAGGAAACGCACUACCCCUUGCUGAAGGGAGACAUCCGCAACGAGUACCAGCCAGUCAUUGACAGGAUCCCCCGCGCACUUCUCGGCAACACUGUCGUCUUCAUUGGCGAGGCCAAGUUUGGGAAGACGCCGUUGAUGCACAUCUUGGCCAUGGCGAUGGCGAGGUACCACGCCGACUGCGUGAACGAGAAGCGCGGCCGCGUGGCUCGGAAGCGCCAUGAAAUGCUUCUUCAGAUCCCUCCGAAGGCUGGCGAGACCUGGGUUCCCUGCGUGUUCGACGACGGCGACUUGUCUGACCAGCGGCCGCGCGUGUUGAAGGCGUUCUUCGACCCGACGCAAGUCGAGUCGAACGUCUACGUGCGCUGGGGCGCGGCCAAGUUCAAGAGGAACCAAGCUCGCUUCGGAGGCGAUAACGAGUACGACGCCGAGAGCGAGCCGAGCCAGACCGACUGGCACUUUGCCUCAAGAUCUCCCGAGAAGGAGAAGCGCACCACGGCCUACCUGGUGGAGAUGAUCAAACCCGCCUUCCCGAAGAACCUGUCGUUCAGCAACGUCGGCGCCAUGCUCAAGCGCAGCAACAUAUGCCUGAACACGAAGUACAAUCUGUAUGUCCGUCCAUGUGGCACGUUCGCGCUCGUGGAGAAGCUUCCUCUCUUGGACGGCUACACCACCCCUGAAGCGGGCAAGCGCCUCCAGAACUGCCUGCGCAACAAUGUGAGGCGCGACCAGGAAGAGUUCGACAACCUCCUCGCGUUCGAGAAGCGCGACAUGCUGAAACUGAUGGCGGACGCGAAGAAGGAGUUCAAGGAGGACGGGGGCGAUGCCGACGACCAGCCCGCCCCUGAGCCAGCGCGGCCCGCUGCCCCUGUCCAGGACGAGGAUGAGGAC